CAUGUGAGUAGGAUAAAUAUCGUUCUCGGAAAAUCUGUCAAAAUUUUCCAAAUUUUCACUCUCUCGCAUUUUAGUUAUUUUCCCUUCUUGAAUCCGAAAACUGCAAAAAGAAUCGAAUUACCGUGCAAUAUCUCAUCGUCCAACGAACAUCGAAGCUCCCGUGUUUGUUAUUUUUGCAAAUUUAAAUUGUUAUAAGGAAAAUGAUAAGAGUGAAAAAGUGAUUGUGUUUCAUUUGCGUUUCGUCCUCGCAUUGGGGGCUGCAUAUGUAAAAGGCGAAUUUGCCGUGGAGGCGAUCAGUGGGUGACUUUUUUUGGGGAGCAAUAGAGCCCAUCAUUUGGGAGUCCGGGAACAUUCCUGGAGAUACAUCUUUUUUCUUGUUAAACGGGUUACAAAAAAGACGUCAAAAUUGCAGCCAAGGCGCUUAAACUUGGGGCGAUGCCGGAGCAAAGCAACGAUUACCGUGUGGUGGUAUUUGGGGCUGGUGGCGUGGGAAAGUCCUCUCUGGUCAUCCGGUUCAUAACGGGGAGCUUUCGUGACUCCUAUAUACCCACAAUAGAGGACACCUAUCGCCAGGUAAUUAGUUGCAAUAAAAACAUAUGCACACUGCAAAUUACCGACACAACUGGCUCCCACCAAUUCCCGGCCAUGCAGAGACUCUCAAUUACAAAGGGCCAUGCGUUCAUUCUCGUGUACUCGGUAUGUUCGAAGCAGAGCCUGGAGGAAUUGCGUCCCAUUUGGAAUCUUAUCAAAGAACUAAAGCCCAACAUUAGUGAAAUACCGGUGAUGCUUGUGGGGAACAAAUGUGACGAAAGUGCUGAGUUGCGUGAAGUAUCAACAGCUGAGGGAUCCACAGAAGCCUCACUGAUGGGUGUAUCAUUUAUGGAGACAUCAGCAAAGACAAAUCACAAUGUUACAGAACUGUUUCAGGAACUGCUGAAUAUGGAAAAGAACAGAAGUGUUUCUCUUCAGUUAGAUGGUAAGAAAAAUAAAAAAUCCAAACCAAAGAAAAAUAAGGAUGUAUCAAAUGGAACUAUAACUCAAGAGGGUGGUGAAGGUAGUAGUGGAAAUGCUAAGGACAAGUGUCAUGUAAUGUAAGAGGAAGCAAAAUGGAAGGAGCAUAAAUGAGAGGAAUCUCAAUGGACUUUUUUCUUUUAAUCGUCAGUUUUCUCUCCCGUUUUUUCAAAUUAAAUCUCAUGAAAGAUGGUAAAAUACAAAAAAAAGGUAUAUUUUAUUAUUGACUUUUAUUCUUAAACAAGAAAAGAAAAAAAAGAACUAGUCAUAAUCUGAAUUAUAUACUGUAAAUAUUUAAUCCAAAUGUAUAUGACUUGAAAACUUUGAUGUAUAUAAUGUUUGAGGAUGAAUAGAGAAAUUCUUUAUAACUAAUUCUUCAUUCCUAGUCAAAUUAAUAAGAGAUACUUUUUUUUUAAAUCUUCAAUUCUCAUCAUUCAUGAAUAGUUACAUCAACUUUUUCGAGUUUUAUUCCACAAGUUUUUUCUAGACUUGUUCUUAAACACAAUUUUGCUUUCUCUUCAGAAACUUUAUUGAUGAAUUGUGGCACAGUUCUUGGAGCAAGUUAAUCGAAAAAUUAUUUUAAAAAAAAAAGAACAGAAUAUAUUUGAAUACACUGAAAUAUGAUUACAAUUGCAGCACAAUGAAAUAUUUAUCUGUAUUCUUUUAUUUUAUCGAGAAAAAAAAUAUCGUUAUACGGUAGAGUAGUAUGGUAGAUCCUUGUAUAAAGGAUAUUAGAUUAUAAUGAUUUCCAUCAAAGAAAAUUAUACAUUUCCUCCAGAAUUUAAAUUGAUAAAAAAAUACAUUCCAAAUCGUGACGACAUAUAGCAAUCUUCUAAUUUUAUAUUUUUUGGGUUUAUUUUUUAAAGAAGCACAUAUCAUCCAGCAACAUACAUAUUGCAUUAUAAAAAGAAUAUGAAAAUUACUAUAAACCGAAUUCAAAGAGAGUGAGAGGCAAUGAUGACAUGUAGUGAAAAAAAAAAGUAGAAAAAAAUGUGAAUUUAUUAUAUUUUUUGAGUUAUUUAUAUGUCCUCUAGAGAUUUCUUAGGUUGAUAAAAUUGCUUUUAUCAUAAGACACUUAAAAAAAAGGAGUAUGUAUAAAUUUUUAAUCACAAAUAAUGGGAACAAUUUUUUAAUUAAUUUUAAAUUAGUCAUAAAUGACUUUUGAACAUAAAAAAAACAGUAACAGCGUAUAAUUAUCUUAAUCUCAGUCUUUUUCAUUGAGUUUGUGCGAUAUAUCAAUCUAUAACAAAUAUUUCACCGAUACAUUGCAUUAAAUGGGGUCGUAUUCUCUUACUUGCCCAAGUGGUUAUUUGAAAAUGUGUGGUUAUGUUAGGCCUAACCUAUAAAAAAAUAAUUUAGCGUAUUUUUGGUUAACGUCGAAAAUCUUCCAAAUGAAUAGGGGAUGUGGGGCACCUUUGAAUCGGCGUACCUUUGAAACUGGGCAUUGUCAAGAUAAAUUACUCUAUGAUAGGGCUUAAUUCCAUUUAAAAAUAGGAGAAAAAUACCCAAUUUUCAAAGGUACUCCAAUUUAAAGAUGUCCCACUUCCCCCUAUCAAUUUACAAACUUACAAAAAAUAUUUCGUAAAAUCGUUUGUAAAUGCUUGGGAGUUCUAUUGGAGACUUACGAAUUGCUCGUAAAUCGUAUGACCCCAAAAAAAAAGUUUGUAAACGUUUGUAUUUUUUUUACAAACAUUAUUCGUAACAUGAUCACUUGACGAGCAUUGUUUGUUCUUUUACAAACAUUUGUUCGUACAUUUUUGCUUAUCUGACCAAACUUUACGAACAAAUGAGGCUUUUAUCGAACUGUGUCGUCUUAGCGACAAGGCUACCAACCGCAAGUGUCUUUGUACAAAGACCAGUCAGGAAACACCCUAGUGCAGACAGAGGAUGUGCUAAGGAGAUGGGAGAAAUUCUUCAAGAGCCUCCGCAAUGCAGUACAGUCUGCAUCAGGAUUGAUAGAGUAGAAGGAUGGCACUGACUAUCGAGAGGAGGAGGCUCCGGACUGGAUGCAAGUUGCUAGCCAUUCAAAACUUGAAAAAAUAUAAAUCUCCUGGAGAGGAUAACAUCCCGCAUGAACUGGUUAAAUAUGGAGGAAAGAUGCUGUAGAACGCAUUUACGGUCUUAUUCGUAACGUCUGGGAGUCACCGACGAUGCCUAACAACUAGAACAUGGCCACAGUUGUCCCAGUAUACAAGAAAGGAGACAGACUGGAUUGCAACAACUACAGUAGAAUUUCUCUUCUGGAUUCAGUGUAUAAAGUCCUGUCAAAGUUUAUAUUAAGCAGACUGAAACCGUACGCUGAGAAGCCUAUCGGAGAGUACCAGGCGGGAUUCUGACCCAGAGGAUUCAUAGUGCACAAGUAAUGGAAUUCUGUAACAAUAUAACAACAUCGUUUGACAAAUUUUCAUGCUAAAUUUGGGAGCAGGAUAGCAUUCAACAUUCAAUGAACAUUGAAUGACCAUUACAAGAAGCUCUUAGUAACUGAUAUGCAUCGGAUUUUCAAAUAGUACUUCCAAAUUUAAAAACAUUACAUAAAAAUAACAUUCAGGAAAUGUUAUUUUUACCUUGCAUUAUUGAUCCGAAAUCGGUGUAAAUAUUAUGCUUUUUAGGUGUAUUAUGGGUUAAAGUUACCCUUUUUCAUGUUAAUUUUACACUUAAAAAGGUGUAAAAUUAACAUUAAAAAAUGUUGAUAUAUUUUUACACCUAAAAAGUGUUAAAAUUACAAGGAAAAAAAGUUAAUCGCACCCCAUUUUUUCUCAGUGUGAGAAAAAAAGAGGGUGCGAUUAACUUUUCUUCCUCAGAACUUCAACACCUUUUCAGAUGUAAAAAUAUAUCAACAUUUUUUUUAUGUUAAUUUUACACCUUUUUAUGGGUAAAAUUAACAUGAAAAAGGGUAACUUUAACCCCUAAUACACCUAAAAAGGGUAAUAUUUACAUCGAUUUCGGAUCAAUACUGCAGGGUAAAAUUAUCAUUUCCGGAAUGUUAUUUAAACUUUUUCGGAUUUGAAACUUUGUGGUCGUCAAAAGCUUCAAAUAUCUCGGAUACGCGGUGAGCUGUAACAACAGUUUGAAGAUGGAGGUCAAUGAGCGAAUUACUCAUUGGAAUAGGUGCUCUCAUGCUCUAUCAACAAUAUUCCAUUCUCGAAGUGUCUCCCGAUCAUCGAAGAUCAUAAUACCGUUGGUUGCGUCGACCGCUGGCGUAUCUGCAUUUGUUUUGCAGAAACGACAACGGUUGAUGCAACCGACGAUAUAUAAAACCGUAAGGCCCAUUGUCAUUUAUAGUUUAGAGGUAGUGCCAAUGAUCCAAGCUAAGCUGAAGUCGGUAUUGAUCUUCGAGAAACGAAUACUCAGACGGAUCUAUGACCCAGUGAAGGAAAGAGUUAGUGGAGAGUUCCAUAUCCGGACGAACCAUGAGCUGGAACUUCUUUAUGAUGAGCGAGACAUUAUGGCCACCAUCAGAACAUGGCAAAUCAUCUGAAAGUAUGCCUAAAAAGCUACUAAAUAGUGAGCAUGAAGCGCUAAGAAUGUCCUUAAUCAGCUGAGGGUACUGGAGAAGAUUGCGAAUAGUUGCCAGCACUGGAGGAGGUUAUUGCGAGACGCGCGAUCCCUCAAAGGGACAUUGCAGCCAGAUCUACGUGUUUGUAUAAGAACAAAUAAUGCUCGUAAAGUGAUUAUGUUACGAACAUUGUUUGUACGAAAAAAGUACAAACUUUAACGAAUCCUUUACUGGGUUAUACAAUUUACGAGCACUUCGUAAAUCCCGAAUAGGACUUCCUAAACAAAUACAAACAAUUUUAUUUUUUUUUGUGUAAAAACAAUUAAAGCCAUUUUGUAACUCUUUAAUGCAAUUUCAAAUAGUGUUUUUUAUACCGAAUUAAUUUCUAACCUAUAAAAAUCUCUUGAUUACUGCUACACUCAUAGAAAACAUGACAAUCUUAUAUUUUUUAAAAUUAAUUGAUAUUUUUUAAUCUUGGAACACUCAAUUUAAAAAUACAAUUAUUAUAUCAAUAACUUAAUAAAAAUAGCAGUGCCUCAAAAUCAAAAAUUUUUAAGUUAAGUUAUUGAGACAAGUGCAUCAGGCAAGACUUAAUGCACUUUAAAAACUUGCACUUUACACUUAAAAACUUAAAUAUUUCUAAAAAAACGCUACAAAUAAAUUUAAUUCAGUUUUCAAAAUGCUAAACUAUCAUGAAACAAUCUUCGAAUUAUUCUUAACCUGAAAUACGCAGUAAAUUUGAGGUUAGGAACAGUAUAACCUCACAUUCCAUAAUGGCGCUUUGAGGAAAUUAGAGAAUAGAGCGUUAUCGACAUGUAAUUAAUUACUUAAUUUAGUGAAAUAUUUUAAUCCUAUCGAGUUUAGUGAUUGGUUGUAGCUUUGAUGCUUCGAAAGCUUUUGAAGCUUUAAUCAAUCAGAGUACUCAAUAGACUUAAAAUAUUUUGUAAAAUUAAAUAUUUAAUUCAACGUGGAUAGUGUUUAAGUGCCAAUAAAUUAUUCUGUAUGGACUUAAUGGUGAUGUAUGAAAUUUUCAUUUUGAUAGAAAAGCUUUGAAAGAAAACAAACUAAAUGAAAUACAUUUUUUCCAAUGAAUCCAAUAAGAAUGACAUAGAAAAAAUAGAAAAUACGCGUAAGAAUCAAAUUUUUGGGCUUGUAGACAAAGAAAAUAGGAUUUGAAGGAACAUAAAUAGAUUAUUUCUGGAAUAUGAAUUAAUUAACUAGAUUUUAAACAAUUGAAAUCACUAACUAAAAAGAAAAAAAGAGAAAACAAAUAGACGAAUGAAACUUUGAAUUUAAUAAAAGAAAAUGAAGAAUAUCCAAGAACAAAAUCUGCUUAUAAUUGUAUUUGACUUCUUAUAGAAAAAAAAUUAAGUAAUAAGAAAAAAAAGGUAGAAAGUAAUAUGUAGGUAAGGGCAAAAAGAUAAAGAGAUUAAAAAAAAAUCGGCUGAAGAGUAUAAGAAAAAAAAUUGACAAUAGUUCAUACAUUUAUUAGUUUAAAUCAUAGUUAUUAUUGUAAUACACAACACUAAACCUUAAACCACUUGCCAUACGAAUGACUCAUUUUCCUUGCAUUCUAUUGGCACUUUUUUCACAAAAAAAAAAAAACAAAUUUUGAUGUUGAUUUCGUGAUGAAAAAAAAAACUAAUUGGAACGAAUUCACACUAUUGAUGAAAAUGUUGCUCCUUGUAAUGUAAAUUUGCGCAUAUUUGUUGAUAAUUAUACAUUAAACAUACUAAAGAAGAAAAAAAAGUGAAAAAAUAAUGAAGUUAUAAAAGCUUUAACAUUGAAAUUGAAUAUUUAAAAAAAAAAUGAAAAAAAAAUGUUGCAGUAUCAUCUGAAGCAAAUAUGAAAUGGUUUGCCUUAAAUAAAUAAAAAAAAAAAUUGUUACAAAAUGUUGCUUUCUCAGCAGAAAGCGAUAUAUUUAAAGAUGGUGAAAAAAACGGAGUUGUUUGAACAAUGGCCAAGUUCAUAUGCGAUUUAUUGUCGAAAGAUGAAAUUUUCAAUUCAACUUGUUAUUUUCAACAGAGGGGAUGAUUGUAAAGAAAUCGAAUUACUAAAAAAGAAAAUAUAAACUCACUUACGCCGAAUACAAUAGAAUAUCUUUAAAAUGCAAUAUUGCAAUUAUAAACAAAUUCUAAUGGGAGAGAAGAUAAAUCUCAACUCUUAAAAAUACACAACAGAUAACGAUUCUGUUUAUGCGAAAAAUAAACUCAUUUCAUAAAAGAAAUAGUGAUUUUUUAUGAAAUGGAAUUGAUGUUUGCGUACAACGAAUUACUUACAACUAUAGAGAAAAAAAAGCAAAAUUUUGAAAUUAAGAAUGGUGAUGAUUACAAGAGUAAAAAAGUUGCAAACUUUUCCUAUCAUUUUAUCUGUUACUACAUUGUUUAUCGAAAAUCUUUAAGAAUCUAACAUAUAACUUUGUAAUAAUUGAACUUGAUUUUCAGAUAAAAUAAAAUGAAGAAAUGAGACACUGAAACAAAUGAACAGAUACACCAAAAAAAAAUUUACUGUUAAAUAUGAAUCAAGUAUUAUUAUAUACACAAUUAUAAUCCAUUUUACUUCAAUAAAGUUGUAAAAAAAACCUAA